AUGGCUGAGUCUUGUGGUGGUGUAGUCCAAGGGCUGAACGGCAGCAUAGAGUCGCCGGGUUUCCCCCACGGCUAUCCCAACUAUGCCAACUGCACAUGGCUGAUAAUAACAGGGGAGAGGAACCGAAUCCAGCUGACCUUUGUCACGCUGGCUCUGGAGGAAGACUUUGAUAUUGUAUCAGUUUACGAUGGACAACCGUCACCCAGCAACUUAAAAUUGAGGUUGUCAGGAUUCAUGCUGCCAUCCCCCAUCGUCAGCAGUGGAUCUAUAUUGGCCUUGUGGUUUACCACAGACUUUGCUGUCAGUGCUCAGGGCUUCAAGGCUGUAUACGAAGUCUUGCCUAGCCACACAUGUGGCACCCCCGGCCUUAUCCCAAGCGGAGUCAUUCAUGGUUUGCGGUACAACAUGGGUGACAAGAUCCGAUACAGCUGUGAGUCAGGUUUUGUACUGGAGGGACACAGCAUCCUCACGUGUAUUGUAUCAGCUGGCAGUGGAGCGCAGUGGGACUUCCCCUCACCUUUUUGUCGAGCGGAGGGAGCAUGUGGCGGUACGUUGCGAGGCACUGCAGGUUCAAUAACCAGCCCUGGAUACCCGGCGGAGUACGACAACAACCUGGACUGCACGUGGUCAAUCCUCUCCGAACCCGGGGACACGAUAGCUCUCGUGUUCACCGACUUCUUAUUCGAGGACAAGUACGACUUCCUGGAAAUCAGCGGGACAGAAGCACCGAGCAUAUGGCUGACUGGUACCACCCUGCCCUCACCGGUGAUAUCAAAUAAGAACUGGCUUCGGAUACAUUUCACCUCAGAUAGCAACCAUCGGAGAAAAGGAUUCAGCGCUCAGUACCAAGUGAAAAAAGCAAUAGAGUUGAAGUCCAGAGGGGUGAAGAUGAUGCCCAGUAAAGACUCCAGUCACAAAAAUGCUGUCUUGAGUCAGAGUGGUCUUGCUGGUGAUGUCUGUCCAGACCCUGGAGUUCCAGAAAAUGGCAAGAGGAUGGGCUCAAUCUCCCAAAUUGGAUCCAGCGUCCAGUUCAGUUGUGAUGACAGCUAUGUACUCCAAGGAUCUAAAAGUAUCACCUGUCAACGAGUCACUGACACACUGGCUGCCUGGAGUGACCACAGACCCAUCUGCAGAACUCGUACCUGUGGCAGCAAUCUAAGGGGGCCCAAGGGGGUCAUAACUUCUCCUAACUACCCGGUUCAAUAUGAGAACAACGCACACUGUGUGUGGGUCAUCACUGCAAUGGAGUCUGGGAAGGUGAUAAAGCUGUCAUUUGAAGAGUUUGACCUGGAAAGAGGAUAUGACACACUGACUGUGGGAGAUGGAGGGAAGAUAGGAGACACUCGGAGGGUACUCUACGUACUUACUGGUUCCAGUGUCCCUGACCUCAUCGUUAGCUUGUCCAAUCAGAUGUGGCUACACCUGCAGUCAGACGACACAAUCGGCUCAGCAGGGUUCAAGGCAGUCUAUGAAGAGAUCGACCGGGGAGGCUGUGGGGAUCCUGGGGUGCCGGCAUUUGGUCGUCGAAGCGGCGAUCGCUUCCAACACGGUGAAGUGUUGACUUUCUUUUGCCAGUCGGCUUUUGAACUGGUGGGAGAAAAGACCAUCACGUGCCAGCACAAUAACCAGUGGUCUGGCAACAAACCCAGUUGUACCUUUUCAUGUUUCUUCAACUUCACGUCGCCAUCCGGGACUGUAUUGUCCCCAAACUACCCCGAGGAGUAUGGGAACAACCUGAACUGUGUGUGGUUGAUUAUCUCGGAGCCGGGAAGCCGCAUUCAUCUCCUCUUCACUGACUUUGAACUGGAGCCACAGUUCGACUGGUUGGUGAUCAAAGAUGAAGGCCUGUCUGAGCCAACAACAUUUGGGACGUUCUCGGGCAAAGAUGUUCCAUCACAGAUCGCCUCGAAUGGACACAUCAUGAGACUGGAGUUUCAAUCUGAUCACUCCAAUACUGGAAAAGGCUUCAAUAUCAGCUACACCACAUUUGGGCAGAAUGAAUGUCAUGACCCAGGAGUUCCUGUCAAUGGUCAAAGGUAUGGCGACCAAUUCCAGCUGGGCAGCUCUGUGGCUUUUCGCUGUGAUCAGGGAUUCAUUAGGACACAGAUCACUUGCAUCAUCCAGGAUGGAAAUGUAGUUUGGUCGGCGGCUGUUCCUCGCUGUGAAGCCCUUUGUGGGGGUUAUAUUUUUGGUAAAACAGGGACGAUCCUGUCUCCUGGCUUUCCUGACUUUUACCCCAAUUCUCUUAACUGCACCUGGACUAUAGAGGUGUCUCAUGGCAAAGGAGUCCAUUUGGUUUUCCACACGUUCCAUCUGGAGGAGAACCAUGACUACCUUUCCAUCACGGAGGACAGCAACUUCCUGGUUCCAGUAGCUCGACUCACUGGCUCAGUGCUGCCCCCUAGUGUCAAAGCGGGACUGUACGGAAACUUUAGCGCCCAGCUACGUUUCAUAUCGGAUUUUUCCAUGAGUUAUGAAGGAUUUAAUAUGACCUUUUCUGAAUAUGACUUGGAGCCAUGUGAGGAUCCCGGCGUACCGGCGUACAGCAGGAGGAUGGGUUUUAGAUUUCGAGUUGGCGACUCGUUGGACUUCACUUGCUUCCCUGGCUACCGACUUGAGGGGGAGAGCAAGAUAACUUGUCUGGGAGGAGGGAGACGAGUCUGGAGCAACAUACUCCCCAGAUGUAUAGCGGAGUGUGGAGCGUCUUCACUCGGACCGGAAGGUGUUCUGCUCUCUCCUAACUUCCCCUCCAACUAUGACAACAACCACGAAUGUAUCUACCGCAUCACCACCGAAAAGGGCAAAGGAAUCAGGCUGAAAGCUGAGAGCUUCUCAUUGCUAGAUGGAGACUAUCUCAAGGUAUAUGAUGGAGAAAACACUUCAUCCCGUCUCCUUGGCAACUUUACACAUGAGGGCAUGAUGGGUCCCGUCAUCAACAGUACGUCCAAUCGCCUGUGGCUUGACUUCAACAGCAACGCCUCUGGAACCAAUCAGGGCUUUCGCCUCACAUACACAAGUUUUGACCUAGUACGCUGCGAGGAACCUGGAGUCCCCAGUUACGGCUAUAAGAUCCAAGAUGACGGCCAUUAUGCCAGCACCUUUGUCCUGUACUCCUGCAACCCUGGGUACAGUCUCUACGGCUCCAGUACCCUGACCUGUCUGAGCGGGGACAGACGUGUCUGGGACAAACCUCUUCCUUCCUGUAUCGCGGAGUGUGGAGGUCACAUCGCGGGAGCUGUGUCUGGACGGAUUCUGUCUCCAGGAUAUCCCGCUCCAUAUGAAAACAACCUCCACUGUACAUGGACUAUAGAGGCUGACACCGGCAAAACUAUCAGCCUCCACUUCAUCGUCUUUGACACUGAGGUCGGCCAUGAUAUUCUCAGAGUUUGGGAUGGUCCAUCGGGACCGUCAGAUGGGGAUCCUGUUGAAAGAAUGGUCCGCCCAGCCUUACCUGAGGAUGUCCACUCAACGUUCAACAUACUCACACUGCAGUUUGAUUCUGAUUAUUUCAUCAGCAAGCAAGGGUUUUCCAUACAGUUUUCCACCACUACAGCAACGACGUGCAAUGACCCGGGCAUCCCUGUGAAUGGCUCUCGGUACGGGGACAGUAAGGAGCCCGGUGACAGCAUGACGUUCCAGUGUGAUCCGGGCUACCAGCUGCAGGGUCUGGACACCGUCACAUGUGUACGCAUGGAUAACAGAUUCUACUGGCAACCCGACCCCCCAACGUGUGUCGCGACAUGUGGGGGCAACGUCAGCGGUCCUUCGGGAGUAAUUCUGUCUCCCAACUACCCCCAGCCUUACCCCGCUGGGAAAGAGUGUGAUUGGAGAAUCAGGGUUAACCCUGACUUUGUCAUUGCUCUCAUCUUCAAAAGUUUCAACAUGGAGCCAAGUUACGACUUCCUGCACAUCUACGAGGGUGAAGACUCUAAUGGACUGUUACUAGCAAGUCUCCAAGGCAACCAGGCCCCAGAGCGAAUAGAGAGCAGCAGUAACAGUCUCUUCCUGGCAUUCAGAUCUGAUGCCUCACUGGGCAUGUCUGGGUUCGCCAUCGAAUACCGAGAAAAACCAAGAGAAGCCUGUUUUGACCCUGGUAACAUUAUGAAUGCCAGUCGCACAGGAUAUGACUAUAAACUGGGAUCUCAGGUCUCCUACAACUGUCACCAUGGCUACACAAUAAUGGGCGGGGAUACCAUCACCUGUGUCAUGGGGAAUGAUGAGAAGCCGGUGUGGGACAGGGCUCUGCCAUCGUGUAAAGCUCCUUGUGGAGGACAGUAUGGAGGAUUGGAAGGAGUUGUUUUGUCUCCAAACUAUCCUCUAAACUACACCACGAGACAGACCUGCUCCUCCUACAUCACUGUGUCCACACAGUUUGUGGUAUUUGGUCAGUUUGCUGUUUUCCAGACAGCAAUGAAUGACUCUGUGGAGCUGUUUGACGGAGCCAAUGAGAAUGCUCGAUUGCUCAGCUCCCUGGCUGGGUCACAUUCAGGAGAGACGUUGCCAUUGGCAACUUCCAACCAGAUCAUGCUGCGGUUCAAUGCUAAGAGUGGCCAAUCGGCUAAAGGCUUUCACUUCGUCUUUCAAGCUGUUCCUCGCACCAGUGACAGCCAGUGCAGUUCGGUGCCGGAGCCUCGGUACGGCAGGCGCAUCGGUUCAGAGUUCUCGACUGGCUCUGUAGUCCGGUUCGAGUGCAGUCCAGGGUAUCUCCUGAAGGGCUCCAGUGCUAUCUGGUGCCAGGCCGUGCCAGGCGCCCUGGCACAAUGGAAUGCAACAACACCAACCUGUAUGGUUCCCUGCAGUGGCAAUUUGACUGAGCGACGCGGUACGAUACUGUCUCCGAGCUAUCCUGAACCCUACCCAAACAGUCUCAACUGCCUGUGGAGGAUCCAUGUCAGUGAAGGGGCUGGGAUACAGAUCCAAGUGAUGACAUUUGCUACUGAGCACAACUGGGACUCUCUGGAGAUCUACGAUGGAGGAGAUGUGACAGCUCCUAAAUUAGGGUCAUUUUCUGGAACAACAGCUCCCGCCCUCCUCAACUCAACGUCCAAUCAGCUCCUUCUGCACUUUCAGAGUGACAUCAGUGUUGUGGCAGCAGGUUUUCACCUAGAAUACAAGACUGUUGGUCUUACCACUUGUCCAGAGCCAAUGAUACCAGCCAAUGGCAUUAAAGCAGGGGACAGAUACAUGGUUAAUGAGGUGGUGGCAUUCACCUGUGAGCCGGGGUACACAUUACAGGGCCACUCGCACAUUUCCUGCAUGCCUGGGACUGUGCGCCGAUGGAAUUACCCACCUCCUCUUUGCAUCGCUCGUUGCGGCGGGGUGUUCUCUGAGAUGAGUGGUGUCAUUCUCAGUCCGGGUUUCCCUGGCAACUACCCCGGCAACCUGGACUGCACCUGGCAAAUCACCCUGCCCACUGGAUAUGGAGCCCAUAUUCAGUUUCAAAACUUCUCUUCUGAAGACAACCAUGACUUCCUAGAGGUCAGGGCUGGACCACAGCACAGCUCUGCUCUUAUUGGACAGUUCACUGGCUCGCAGAUCCCACCCCCAUUGCUGAGCACUACCCACCUCACGGUCAUCCACUUCUACAGUGACCACUCAGAGAACCGGCCAGGCUUCAAACUGACCUAUCAGGCCUAUCAACUUCAAAACUGCCAGGACCCCUUUCCCUUCCCAAACGGUGACAUCAUCAACAGUGACUAUCGUGCUGGCCAAUCAGUAACCUUUAACUGCUACUCUGGUUAUGUUUUGAUCGGACACCCAGUACUAACAUGCCUGCACGGGACCAACCGGAAGUGGAACAACCCAUUCCCACGCUGCGAGGCUCCUUGUGGCUAUAAUGUGACAGCUGAAAACGGGACAAUCUACUCACCUCAGUAUCCCAAUGAAUACCCCAACUCUCAAGAUUGCAGCUGGUUCCUCACCGUUCCACACGGACAUGGAGUUUAUAUAAACUUCACCUUAUUGCAGACUGAGCCUGUCACUGAUUACAUCGCUGUCUGGUAA